AUGGACAGCCCGUCCUGGUACUCCUUCGUGUCGGGUUGUCUCAUUGCUCUGUGGCUGCUGCUUCUCAGCGUCUAUCGUGUGGUCCGCGCAAUUACCUCAGGCUGCUUGCAGCUAUCUUUCGUCCUGAAGCACUUUGUCUACCCGCUCCUCUUUCCACGGAUCCGCUUUGUGGGCACGGUCACACGGGUCGGGGCCGUGGCUGUGGUUGUAUACCUCCUCGCUAACAUCCUCUUGGUCCUGAUCGGAACGAGAGCCAACAUUGGGAAUCGGGCCGCCACCAUGGCAGUCAUCAACAUGAUCCCACUGCUCUGCGGUCCCCGGCUGAGCCUGGUGGCAGAGCUUUUGGGGAUAACGCGUCGAAACAGUAUCUGGUCUCAUCAGUGGUUUGGUCGAACAGCGGUCGCACAGGUACUUCUGCACACCAUCACCUCUCUGACAGGCGGUAGUGCAUUCGCAUGGACGGCGCCGAACCUCUUUGGAGCGGUGGUAGGGGCCGGCAUGCCACCCCAGAUAGAACUGCUCGCUGACAUCCUGUGCAAGGCCAGCUCCGCCUUCGGGUUCAUCUUUCUCAUCUCGGUGGGCUUCGUAAGACGUGCCAUCUACGAGUGGUUCCUCAACUCCCACACGUUGCUCUCGGCCGUGGUCGUAGUUGCCACAUGGCGCCACGUUCCGUCAAAGACGGCGGCCGGGCUCUUCGUGCAGAUCGGCAUGAUUUUGUGGGCAGGCGCAACCGGCAUCCACUGGCUCGUCUUCGCAUUCAGGAAUGUCGCUCUGGGUCGAUCCUUGGCAACAGUGGUGGCAACGAAGCUCUCGAACAUAGACGCAUCCGACCACGGCCUCGUCGGUCCUAUGGCCGUCCUGCGCGUAGACAUCACCGUCCCCAGGCCGUGGCGCGUCAAGGCAGGUCAGUCCAUCUUCCUCUCUAUCCCGAGCCUUGGGCUGUUCACGGGCGCUCGCGGUCACCCUUUCAUGAUAUCGUGGUGGGAGUGGGACGAGAAGGGUCUGAUGCUGUCCCUCCUCGUGCAGUCAAGAGCUGGCUUUACAGCAGCACUUGGUCGGCGUACCCACACGGUGCUCCGUGCGUUCAUUGAUGGGCCGUACGGAACCCCGCACGACUUUGGGGAGUAUGGGACAGUUGUAAUGAUCGCAUCGGGGAUCGGGAUCGCGGGUCACAUGCCCUACAUCAAGGAUCUCAUCAGGGGGUACAACAGCUGCGAGGUGCGGACGCGCCGCAUCCUCUUAGUCUGGCAGAUUGAGGACGAGCGGCAAAAAACGUGGGUCAAGCCCUGGAUGGACGAGGCUAUCGCCAGCGAUACUGCAUAUGUAAGGCACCCGCUCCUGUCACGCAAGCCCGCUAACAUCCUGCUGAUCCUCAACGCGCACACGUACGUCCCGGGCGAGGGAGAGGACGUGCCAGACGGGACCUAUGACAAAAUUAUAACGAAACAUGGUCGACCAGACAUCAUAGGGGUGCUCGAGAAGGAAUUCCGAGCUCAGACGGGAAAGGUGAUUGUGUCUCGUAAGCGCCUCUUCUAG